CCUCUCCUCAAAAAUUGUCUAAAAAAACACAUACAACUACAAGAAGAAACAAAAAUUAAUCAAACAUACAUAUACAGACUCAACUCCAUAACCCACUAGCCAUAACUACACACUAACAAUAACAACAUUAAAAAUUACGAACACUUCAUUCGAUCAACGUUUUCGUCUGUUAACAUGGUUUCGGCCGUGUCCAUGCAUUCAAUCUUCUUCAUGGCCAUCUUCUCCGUUCAAUAUAUCUUCACAAUAUCUCUCGCGCUCUCCGACCCGCGAAUAACACAGUCAAAUCUAUCGUGCGGAAACGCAACAAAACCAGGCAUCACACCAGCAGGACUAAUCCCAGCAUUCGUUAGAGAAAUGGAAACAUUAUCACAACUCAUCACCAACACACACUUCGCCACAUAUCACUUAAACUCAACACUUCCCAUCUAUGCAUUAGCUCAAUGCCACCAAGACCUUUCUCAGACCGACUGUCUGCUUUGUUACGCUGCUUCUCGGACAAAAAUCCCACGUUGUUUGCCUUCUGUCUCCGCCCGUAUAUUUCUUGACGGCUGCUUUCUAAGAUAUGAUCGGUAUGAGUUCUUCCAAGAGUCUGUUUCGGUUGUUUUUGAUGAAGUUAAGUGUAGCCCGGAUUCUCAUGAGUUUGCUAGCAGUGUUGGUUAUGCUGUUGGUAAUGUGAGCUCUCAAGCUGUGGCUAAUGGUGGAUUUGGUGUUGUUGGGAUUGGUGGAGUUUAUGCUUUGGCUCAGUGUUGGCAGAGUGUGGGGAGUGAUGGGUGUCGAGAGUGUUUGAGUAAGGCGGAGACAGAGGUUCAAAGGUGCGGAGGGAAACGAGAAGGGAGAGCAAUGAAUGCUGGAUGCUAUUUGAGAUAUUCUACUGAUAAGUUUUAUAAUGAUGGUCAAGAAGAUUUAGGGAUUGAUCAUGGAGUUUCUGAUUCUAGUUUAGGAGUUGUAAUUGCUAUAGUCUUAACAGCAGCUGCAGUUGUUAUGCUCUCUCUGUUUGCUGCGUAUGCUACAUAUGCGAGGCUGUUGAAGAAUAAACAAGAACGGGAAAGCUUCGAAAAAGUAUCGAUCAGUUUCAACAAAACAAGUUCGAAUUUCAAAUAUGAGACGCUCGAGAAGGCGACGGAUUACUUCAAUGUAUCACGAAAAUUAGGCCAAGGAGGAGCUGGUUCUGUGUAUAUUGGGUAUCUUCAAAAUAGGCAAACUGUUGCUGUUAAGAGGUUGAUUUUCAACACUAGACAAUGGGUUGAUGAGUUUUUCAAUGAGGUAAACUUGAUCAAUGGGAUUCAACACAAGAAUCUUGUUAAGCUGUUGGGAUGUAGCAUCGAAGGUCCUGAAAGUCUUCUCGUUUACGAGUAUGUUCCGAACAGGAGCCUCGAUCAGUUCAUUUUCGGGAGGAAUAAAUCCCGACCUCUGACAUGGCAGAAGCGGUUCAAUAUAAUCGUCGGAACAGCAGAAGGACUUGCGUACCUUCACGGAGGUUCUCAAGAGCGAAUAAUCCAUAGAGACAUUAAAUGUAGUAAUGUUCUUCUAGAUGAGAAUUUCAAUCCAAAGAUUGCAGACUUCGGACUUGUUCGAUGUUUUGGUGCUGAUAAGAGCCAUCUUAGCACUGGAAUUGCAGGAACAAUUGGAUAUAUGGCACCCGAGUAUUUGGUACGCGGACAACUUACCGAAAAAGCAGAUGUUUACAGUUUUGGAGUACUUGUUCUUGAGAUUGUAAUGGGAAAAAGAUGUAAUGCUUUCAUAGAGGACUCUAAGUCUCUUCUACAAACAGUAUGGCAACUUUAUAAGUCAAAUAGAUUGGUGGAAGCAACUGAUCCAAGCCUAAAUAAUGAUUUUUUAGCACAAGAUGUAACAAGGGUACUUCAAAUAGGACUUCUGUGCACACAGGCCUCAGUUUCUCUAAGACCAUCAAUGGCAGAAGUGGUUAUGAUGCUAACUAAUGGUGCAUAUGAAAUUGCUGAGCCAAAUCAACCUCCUUUUAUGAAUGCUACUGUACUAGACCCUGAAAGCUCAAGAAGAUCUUAUAGUACUAACAGUUUCGUAUCGAAUGCACCAACGAAAGUUGAAGCUUCUUCUUCCGCGUCCUCCGAGUCAUCAUCUAGCAUGCAAAGUUCGGAUAGGGCAUCAAGAAGUGAAGAAUCAAGGCAGAAUUUUGUUCCCAAGUAAUUCUUUUAUUUUUCUCCAUAGCUUAAAUGUUAUCACAAGGUGUGAUGAUUUGUUAUUUACACUAGUUUUUGAGAGAAAUAAUAGUUGUCAAACCUUUUUCAUAAGGCUUCAAUGCUUAGCGGUUUUGCAA